UAGAGAACGAAAAAUUAAAUAGGUGAAAGAAACAGAAAGACGAGUACUGGCAUAACUAACAAUCUGACAAGAAAUAAUGGGCGAAUAUUGUCGCUCAACAACCAGGCGGGACCUUCCUACUCUCAGCUAAAACACUACAAAACGAAUCAACCAAAGGGGUGGCAGCCAGGAAAUGAAGGCGAAACCCCCACUCUCCUUAAAAAUUAAGUAAAAACUGUUCUACUAGAAAAGAAAAACGAAUGAGUAAAGAGGAAGACUCUUCACGCUCAUGAAAGCCCCAAAAUCUCUCGUUGAAUGGAUUUCGUAUCUCUCUUCCUUCCUUUUUUCUUUCUAAAACUCUUUAUCAAAUUAAAGUACCCAAAUUCUUUGAUCAUGGGACGUUUCCUCCAAGCAACCCUCCACCUCCACCUGCAUCACUGUCAUCACCAUUAAUAAUCAUUCUUCCCUUCUCUUUUGCUCUAUUUUAAAAUUCUAUAUGCUGGUUUCUUACAAACCAAAAAUUUUCCAGUUGCGAAAAAGAAAUCCUUAGCCAAUGCCGGGUCUAGUUUCCGUUAAAACUCCACCCAGUGCGACGCCGUUGCGGAUUCUCGUAGCCGGAACAGAAAAUGGCCGUGGCUCCAAGCGAACUCCAUCUCCGUCACCUUCGGUUUCACGUUCCAGGCCAACAAAAAGAACCCCAGAUAAAACCCACUUUGAUGAAUCCUCUCUCGACAAUCCGGAUCUGGGUCCAUUUCUCCUCAAGCUCGCCCGAGAUACUAUAGCUUCCGGUGAUAACCCUAAUAAGGCCUUGGAUUACGCCAUUCGAGCCUCGAAAUCGUUCGAGAGGUGUUCGGGUCCGGGUUUGGAGCUGGCUAUGAGCUUGCACGUUAUGGCGGCGAUUUAUAGUAGCUUGGGGAGGUUUGAAGAAGCGGUUCCCGUUUUGGAGCGGUCCAUUGAGGUUCCGGAUAUUGGAAGCGGGCCGGAUCAUGCGCUGGCGAAGUUUUCUGGGUACAUGCAGUUAGGAGACACGUAUUCAGUGAUGGGUCUAUUGGACCGGUCCAUUAAGUGCUAUGAGUCCGGGUUGAGGAUCCAGAUUGAAGCUCUUGGGGAUUCGGAUCCUAGAGUUGCUGAGACUUACAGGUAUUUAGCUGAGGCCCAUGUUCAAGCAAUGCAAUUUGAUGAGGCAGAAAAUCUCUGCAAGAAGACACUUGAAAUCCACAGGGAGCACAGUGCACCAGCAUCACUUGAAGAAGCAGCUGACCGCAGGCUUAUGGCCCUUGUGUGUGAGGCAAAGGGAGACUACGAGUCUGCCCUCGAGCUCCUUGUCCUUGCUAGCAUGUCAAUGAUUGCUAAUGGUCAAGAAAAUGAGGUGGCUGCUAUUAAUGUUAGCAUUGGCAACAUUUAUUUGUCCGUUUGCAGAUUUGAUGAGGCAAUAUUUGCCUACCAGAAGGCACUUACAGUAUUUAAAUCCACAAAAGGUGAAAGUCAUCCUUCUGUGGCAUCAGUCUUUGUUCGUCAUGCUGAUCUUUACUACAAGACGGGCAAGCUAAGAGAAUCCAAAUCAUAUUGUGAGAAUGCCUUGAGGAUAUAUGCAAAUCCUGUACCUGGAACUACAUCAGAGGAGAUUGCCAGUGGAUUGACUGAAGUAUCAGCCAUCUAUGAAGCUUUGGAUGAGCCUGAAGAGGCUUUGAAGCUCCUUCAGAAGGCGAUGAAGUUACUGGAGGACACCCCUGGCAACAGAAGCACCAUUGCCGGAAUUGAAGCACAGAUGGGUGUGAUGCUCUACUUGGUUGGGAGGUAUAGGGAAGCUCGAAGCUCUUUCGAGAGUGCUGUGGAAAAGCUCCGUGCUAGUGGGGAGAGUGAAUCAGCUUUCUUUGGAAUUGUAUUGAACCAGAUGGGACUCGCCAGUGUGCAGCUGUACAGAAUAGAUGAAGCGGUCGAAUUAUUUGAAGAGGCAAGAAGCAUAUUGGAGCAGGAAUGUGGCUCAUGUCACUUAGAGACUCUUGGAAUUUAUAGCAACCUUGCUGCCACCUAUGAUGCCAUGGGAAGGGUAGAAGAUGCAAUUGAGAUAUUGGAAUACAUCCUCAAGAUCAGAGAAGAAAGGCUUGGAACAGCAAAUCCCGACGUUGAUGAUGAAAAGAAAAGACUAGCUGAGCUCCUGAAAGACGCCGGAAGGACACGAAACAGAAAAGGAAAAUCACUAGAAACUCUUCUUGAUGCCAACUCGUAUAGAACCAAGAAGGAAAGUGCAAAGAGGCGGUCCAUGUUUGGUUUUAGAUCUUGACUGAAGCAUGACACCUUCUCGCUACCCUUCUUUUAUAUUUAACAUAGAAAAUCAGCUAAAUAUCAAGGGUCUCAACUUAGUGGAACCUUCAUGCUCCUUAAUACAUAUGUUCCAAGUUUUUCGUUUCUGCUUAACUUGAUUUGAUUGUUGAUUUGGAUUGGAUUGGAAUUGGA